AUGUUACUUUCCGCUACUCAUUUAUCUUUACCAACCUUCAUUGCCGCCACUGCUUUAUCUCUCUUUAAACUCAUGAUUCAUGUUUGGAUAGGAACAAAGAUUUCUUCUUUUUCUGCCUUUUCUGCUCAUCUUGGAUUGAUUUCUGAUGAAAUAGAUAAUCCUACUAAACCUUCUUUAUCAAAAAAUGAUAAUUUCGUAAGAUCUUUUCAUUUCAUAUUAAUGUUAUGUAGUAUUGCUAUUGCUAUUGGUAUAAUAAUUUAUGUAUGGGUUCUUGCAAAAAGAGUUAUUAAGGAAGUUGAAGAUGAAAAUGAGGUUAAUGAAUUUGGUGAUAAUAUAAUGUUAUUGGGUACAGGUGAAAUGAGAUAUAGAAGAAAUUCUAAUUCUAUCGUAUUCUGUGAUGAAGUCGAGGUUGAUUCUAAUAUAAAUAUUAAACCACUUAAUAAUCUUUUUAAUGAAAAGGAUUCUAUUCAAAUACAAAGUAUAGUAGCAUUAUCAUGA